UCACAACACAACGAUUGAAAGGAAUGUGGAUUUGGAGCUUAGUUCUAAUUUCUUGUCACCAAAAUCUUUUCUUUUCUUAUUCUAUUUUAUAGUAGUAGAAGUAACAAAAAUUUAAUCUUUUUAUUUGUGGAUUCAAAUCACUACUACUAUUUCAGUUCUUGGAUUUCUUCUAAUAGCAGCUAUAUAUAGCAAAGUGCCACCUUUAUUGCAGGGAGCGAGCGUCUACUUUUGUACACUUUUGUUGACAUACUAGUAUUAGACUUUCUUCCCUGAAUUCAACAAAGGAGAAUCAAUCCCACACACGAAAUCUCUGUCUUGCUACCACUUUUACUUCUUUUAACACCAAAAGCCAUUGUUGCAGCACCAGAUUUUUGUACCUUUUCUUUAGCAAAGAAGAGGCCCUCAUAGUCAAAAGGGUCAUUUUUUACUUGUGGGAUGUCUAUCUUUUGUGUGAUGCUACUACUAAAACCUAGCAUCAAUGUGCUUGAAAAACUUGUGGGUUUUGACUGUAGCUGAGGUUUUUCAAGACCCCUUUUCGCUUGCGUUCUACACUCUAAAAAAAUCUCAAUCUUGACUUUGGAACAGAGCUUGUGAGUGAGAUGGCUUUUGAAGGGUUUAGCAGUAGUAAAUGGCCUGGGCUGGUUAGACAUCAACGUUCGAACAGCUUCCCAGAUAGCAAAAGACUCGAGGAAGGUAGGCUGGUUGAAUCUGCUGAAGCAGCUGCUGAAGGAAAGCUGGAUAUGGAUCCGUUAAAUGGUUGUACCAACGACAACAAGGCAUUAUCAUCAAAUACUGAGAUCCAACAAUCUUUGAGGCGAGAGAUAUUGACGCUUGAAAAGAGAUUACACGACCAAGUAUCUGUUCGCUGUGCUCUUGAGAGGGCGCUUGGUUAUCGAGCUUCUUCACAUGAUAUUACUAAUGAAGCCACAAUUCCUAAGCCUGCAACAGAACUCAUUAGAGAAAUUUCGGUCUUGGAGCUCGAAGUGGGGCAUCUCGAACAAUACCUUCUUUCACUCUAUAGGAAAGCAUUCGAUCCUCAAGUUUCGACUGUCUCUCCAUUAAAGAAAGACGACGAACUCAAAUCGCCCUUAACAACGCCAAGGAGAAGGCGCUUAGAUUUUUCAAAGUCGGAUAUUACACCAGCUAUUGAAAAUCCGACAUCCUCAAAUCUGAGGAAGGAAGCAAACUGUCUGUCUGAAGAGAAACUUGUAGACUCAGGUGUUCAACGCUCUCAUUCUGCUCUAUCUCAGCGCGCAGAUCUUGCAAACAGAACCUCUCCCUCAUCAGAUGUCUUGGGAAAAGCUGUUCGUGCAUGUCAUUCUCAACCAUUAUCCAUGAUAGAGUAUGCGCAGAACUCUUCUUCGAAUGUAAUCAGCUUGGCCGAGCAUCUUGGGACCCGUAUUUCUGAUCAUAUUCCUGAAACUCCUAACAGACUGUCUGAAGAUAUGGUCAAGUGCAUGUCCAGCAUCUAUUGCAAGCUUGCUGAUCCUCCAGCAGCAAAUCACGGCCUCUCAUCUCCAGCUUCGUCUUUGUCAUCUACAAGUGCAUUUUCUCCUAAAGAUCAAUGUGACUUGUGGAGUCCGGGGUUCAGAAACGAUUCUUCCUUUGAUGUUCGGCUGGAUAAUCCGUUCCACGUUGAGGGGCUUAAAGAUUUUAGCGGACCUUACAGCUCGAUGGUUGAAGUAAACUGUAUAUACAGAGAUAGUAAGAAAUUGGGCGAUAUCGAGUUCUUGUUACAAAACUUUAGGUCGCUUAUUUCUCGAUUGGAAGAGAUAGACCCUAAAAAGAUGACUCACGAGGAGAAGUUAGCGUUCUGGAUUAAUGUGCACAAUGCUCUGGUGAUGCAUGCAUUUUUGGCAUAUGGUGUACCGCAGAAUAACAUUAAGCGGAUGUUUCUACUCUUGAAGGCUGCCUACAACAUCGGAGGUCAAAUAGUAAGUGCUGAUGUCAUACAAAGCUCGAUCCUGGGAUGCAAACUGUCUCGUCCUGGACAGUGGCUGAGGUUGCUGCUUUCUUCGAAAACAAAAUUUAAAGCUGGCGAUGAACGACAAGCGUAUGGUAUAGAACGCAGCGAGCCCCUUCUGUACUUUGCACUCUCAUCCGGCAGCCAUUCAGAUCCUGCGGUUCGCAUCUUCACGGCCAAAAGGGUGUUUCAAGAGCUGGAAGUAGCGAAAGAGGACUACAUCCGAGCAACAUUUGGCGUUCGCAAGGAUCACAAGAUCCUUCUCCCGAAGCUCGUGGAGUCCUUUGCCAAGGAUUCAGGUCUACGCCAAGGAGAUGUGCUGGAGAUGAUCCAACACUGUUUGCCAGACUCUCUAAGAAGGAGCAUCAAGAAAUGCCAGCAGCAGGCAAAAACAUGGAAAAACAUCAUCGAAUGGGUGGCGCAUAGCUUCGCUUUCCGGUAUCUCAUUCUGAAGGAUCUCACCAAGUAAAUAAUGGAUGAUGACUGGUUUCAAGAGAGGGUAGUUUGUGUUUAGUUGAAUGGAUGGAUCUGAGGUGGAAAUGUAUGGUGGUUGAGAGAUUCAGCUGAUUUUUGUACAUACACUUUUGCUGCACUUUUGGUAUGUGGAGAAAACAUGAGAGAUA